AGGAGGCGGACGCGGACGCGAGCGAACCAGACGCCGCCUGCCCGGAGCACUCACUCCCCCCCUCACCCUCAUCGCCACCGCCCCCCGCCUCCUCCUUGUCCUUUGCCGUCGCCUCCGUUCCCCUUCCCUCCCCGAUCGGAACCGCGGCCUCCGAUCGAUCGCCGGGAUGCGGCUCUGACGCGGCUCCGCCGGGUCCCAGCGAUUUCCCGACCGAGCCCCGCGUUCCACUCCCCUGAAUCCCCGCGCGCCACGCGGGUGACAAUCCCCGCGCGCGCGCCAUGGCUGUGUCCUCGCCGGUGGUGCUGUCGCUGCUGCUCCUCGCGUCGCUCACGGCGCUGUUGGUCGCGGCGCCGCGCCUGUCCCCGCCGCCGCAGCCGGCGCCGGCGGAGGCGGAGGCGCCGCCGGCCGGCGCGGGGGUCGGGGCUGGCGGGGCGGCGGGGGUCUGGGCCGUGGGCGCGGGGGAGGAGGCCGACGACCUGCGGCUGUUCCGGCGCGCGGCGCUGGAGGCCGCCGCGGCAGAGGCGGAGGCGGCGGGCCCGCCCAAGGUGGCGUUCCUGUUCCUCACCAACUCCGACCUCACCUUCGCGCCCCUCUGGGAGCGCUUCUUCGCCGGGAACGAGGCGCGCCUCACCGUCUACGUCCACGCCGACCCGGCCGCGCGCCUGCGCCUCCCCGCCACGCGCUCCUUCCGGGGCCGCUUCGUCGCCGCCAAGCCCACGCGCCGCGCCGACGCCAGCCUCAUCGCCGCCGCGCGCCGCCUGCUCGCCGCCGCGCUGCUCGACGACCCCGCCAACGCCUACUUCGCGCUGCUGUCGCAGCACUGCGUCCCGCUCCACUCCUUCCAGCGCCUCUACGCCGCGCUCUUCCCGCCCCCCGCCCCCGGCGCGCGCCGCGGCCUUCGGCAGCGGCGGCGGCUCCCGAGCUACAUCGAGGUGUUCACGGGUGAGCCGCAGAUGCCCGCUCGCUACGCGGCGCGCGGGGAGGGCGCCUUGCUCCCCGAGGUCCCCUACGACCGGUUCCGCAUCGGCUCCCAGUUCUUCACGCUGGCACGCCGCCACGCCGUGCUCGUCGUCCGGGAGCGCCGCCUCUGGCGCAAGUUCCGGGUGCCCUGCCUCCCGGAGAUGGCGCAGGACUCGUGCUACCCGGAGGAGAACUAUUUCCCGACGCUGCUCGACAUGGCCGACCCCGCCGGCGUCGCGCGGUACACGCUCACCCGCGUCAACUGGACCGGCAGCGUCGCGGGCCACCCGCGCACGUACACCGCGCCGGAGGUCACGCCGCGGCUCAUCGCCGAGCUCCGCGCAUCCAACAACACCCUUCCGCACAUGUUCGCGCGCAAGUUCGCGCCCGACUGCCUCGGCCCGCUCCUCGCCAUCGCCGACACCGUCAUCUUCAAGGACUGAUGAGGAGCUCCUCUGCACGACCCAGGGAUCAUGCCGGGCCCGUCGACAACGAAAGCUGUGGCCCUCCUCUUUGGCCUUUGCAGUUUGCAUCUUCAGAGUUUUUCAGUCUAGACUCUGGGAUUAUUCCCCACGUUCUGUUCAGAAGAAAGAAAACUGUUCAGUUCCUCCCCCCUCCUCCUCCUCCUCCUCCUCCCUGUACUAGUAGUACCGGAGUGGUUCUGUACUCCCUGUAUGUAGACUUAGUAGAGAAGAAGAAAGCCACGGCCUGAAGCUAACCGGCAGGCGUUGCACUUGCAGGAUCAUCAGACGAUGACGAUCCAUCCAUCCAUCCAUCUGAUGUGUGUGUAUUUUACCUGGAGCAGCCAAAGAAGGCUGCCUGAAUGCAUAAAAAGGUGAUGGAUUUGCCUACAUAGUAGAUAAUAUAAGCCCCUCUUGUUUGUACAGCUUGUUACUCGUGGACUCUGCUUUCGUGCAAGUUUAAGUGUAUGUGCAUAAGUAAAGGUUGCUUGCAAAUUUCAAUCA